UCCGGGACUUCCGGCUCGUGUAGCCAUUUUGCCUUUCUGACCUUGGGUCGCUGCGCCCGCGGUCUGGGUCUCGUCGUGCGGUCAUGUCCGUCCUGACGCCGCUGCUGCUGAGGGGCCUCACGGGCUCGGCCCGGCGGCUGGUGGUGCCGCGCGCCCAGGUCCAUUCCAGGCCGGCGCGGGAGCAGAUCGGGAGCCUGGAUGUCGCCAUUGCACUCACCUCCUGCUUCAUAUGUUUCUUCCUGCCUUCGGGCUGGGUCCUGUCAAACCUGGAAAGCUACAAGAAGCGGGAGUGAAGGGGGCUGUACUCCUGGAACCUGGGACUAGACUACCCUCGCCAGCCCAUCCUGAUCAUGGCUCCUGAGUUUCUGGCUGGCCUUUCUUGGAUCAUGUCAUCAUCUCUUCUGCAAUCAUGACUUCACUAUAGCCCCGUGGUGACACCUGGAAUCAUGUGUAUUGAUUGGCUCUGCUCUGUGGGGGGCACUAUAGUAACAAUAAAGUCUAUUUAAGUCUCCAAAAACUCA